CAUUCGACGCGCUUUGGACAAUCUUUAUGAAUGUGGCGGCGGACGAACACACCGGUGCAAAAUACUGCGUUAUUGAUGCGCUGGAUGAGUGCGAUCGGGAGUCUCAAGUCACCCUGCUGCAACAGCUUAGAGAAACGUUUCAGAGCCAGCAUGUGCCACCCAACGUCUUUGUACUGGUCACCAGUCGGCCGUAUCCUGAGAUACGCCAACAUAUGGGAGGGUUUAUCAACAAGAACUUAGCUUCCUACCCAGAGGCAAAGCAAGACAUUAAACAAUGCAUCGAGGAAAGAACGAGAGACCUGGCUACAACCAAAAACUACACCGACAAAGUCCGAACACAGGUCAGCAAUAUUUUGACAGAGAAAGCUGACGGUACUUUCCUUUGGGUUGGCUUAGCCUGUAAAGAGCUUAAGGAUGUCCCUUCAAAGGAUGCCGUCCGAAGGCUUCUUGACACAGCUCUAGAACAGAACACCGGAGCCGCCGGACUUCGGCGUAUCCUGAAUUGUGUUGCAGUUUGUGUACGGCCAUUGAGUGUACUAGAGCUCUCUGAAGCUUGCGAACUUCACUUGGACGAGGACGACGAGCAGACCCGGAUUCAGUUUACCCGAGAUCAAAUUGACUCCUGUCGGCUUAUAGUACCGGCCAUUUCAUCAACGAGCUUAGGGCACACGCUGGUCUUGCUUACCGCUGCGUGGAUCUGAUCAAGGAGUCAUAUGAUCAAAAGGUGCGAAUAGCCCCCUCUGUGGAUACGCAAUUGAACAAUGGCCAAAUCAUGGACGCAUGGCAAAGUCAGAAUUUGGUGUCAAAGAAUCACAGGCAGGGUUCUUCAAAGUUAGGUCCAACUAUCUUCGGAGUUGGCUCAAAGACUAUUCUGCACGCUUUCCCUUCGAAGGAAUUACAGCACGAACUUCGGUCCUACACGUGGCUGCGAAGUGGGGAUUCCAGCUCUAGCG